UUUCUUCAUUGGCCCGAAAGUAUAAAGAGACACAGUAAGGAGUAUUUGGCAUCACUCAACGCAUUGCGGCCACUGCCUUUGUUACAAACAAAACAUCAAAUUCCACCAUGUUCAAAUUGUUACUCCUCGCCUGCUUCUUGGGUGUGGCCGCCGCCAAGCCCGGCAUCGUGCCAGUGGCAUACACCGCGCCAGUAGCGGCGGCAUACACUGCGCCAGUAGCGGCCGCCUACACCGCGCCAGUAGCCUACUCCGCCUAUUCCGCCUACACCGCGCCGCUAGCCUACUCCGCCUACACCUACGCUUCUCCCUACUCGUACUACCUGCGCCGUUAA